GGCAGCGAGCAGCUUCGACAAACAACGCCGACGCCGACGACAACAACGACAGCGACGCCGACGCCAUGUCCGUCACACACGUGGAUAAGAUCCCCAAGGGACUGCACCACCUCGAGGCGGCCUUCAAGAACAAGUUCGUUGCGAGGUACCCCGCGCGCGCACCACACGCCCCCAAGGCGUUCGUUCAGCCCAAGAACCGCAUCAAGCGAUGGAACAUUGUGCCGGGCGACAGCGUGCGCCUGACGGUCGGCAAGCCCGAAGAAAAGUACAACGAUGUCUCUGUUGGCGUUGCGUCCGGAUGGAAGGUGUACAAGGUCGCGAGCGUCGACAUGGAGCGUAACCGGGUGUACCUCGAGGGAUUGACUAACAACAAGUCGAACGCUGUUAGGCAACCCCCGCCCAACGUCGAGGAGCUCGACGCCGAGACGCUCAACCAGCUCAAGCAGCAGCAAAACUUUAUCAAGACGCGCCGGCCUGUCAACUACUCGAACGUGCAGCUGUGCGUCGAGGACAAUGGCGUCGACUCAGUGUUCGCCACGCGCCUGGGCACGUCCAAGCCCUACUGGAACCGCCAGGCGCGCGUGGCCGUGUGGCAGCGAUACGCUGCGGCGACGUCGGCCCCGACGACCCUGGAGCCGCACCCCAGGCGCAAUCAGGUGCGGAUUGAGUGGCCCAAGGCGAAGGGGCGCGAGACGUUCCCCAUCGGCCCGUACGACACGGACGAGAAGGCGCUCGUGACCCCCACCGUCGAGUUUGGCGCGCCGUCCAGCAUCCCCGAGACGCUCAUCCCGCGUUCGAUGCGCGCCAAGCCGCCAGCCGACCAGGACUACGCCGACGAGUACGUCUUCCGCCCGUCGGCGCGCAUGAACCCAGUCAUGCAGGCCGCCAUGCCGCUGUACCUCGGCGAGGAGCUCAGCCCGCGCUUCUCGCGCGCCAAGCAGACGGCAGGCUACAAUGAGAGGCGGCGCGCCGAGAAGGAGGUCCGCGAGCAGAUUGCGCGCGACACCGUCGCGCAGUGGGAGGCCGACGGGCGCGACGCCGGCCUCGAGGAGGUGCUCUCCACCGACCUCGUCAACCUCGACGGCCUCACCCUCCGCCCGCGUACCCGCAAGGAGGUGCGCGAGGCGACCCUCGCCGAGGUCGACGCCGCGGUCGCAAAGCACAAGGCCGACGUCGCGCGCGCACACGCCGCUGGGAUGGUCUCGGACGGCAUGGACGGCUGGGUCGACGGUCCAAAGGGCAAGCGCCUCGAGCGCAAGCGCCGCAGGAAGGCCCUCAAGGCUGAGAAGAUCGAGAGGCGCCUCGAGAACCUCACCCUCAAGGACGAGAAGAACCAGUUCGUGCCCUACGAGCUGCGUUAGUAGUAGGGAGGUGGCGAGACUAGAGCAUGCAUUACAUCACUGAGG